UAAAAUAUUAAACAUUUAUGACAUUAGGGAAUCAUGGCGGCUGGUGAAGAUAUAAACGAAGUUAUGAAGGAGUAUUUGAAAAAGGAAGAAUUUAUGAAAUAUGAACAAAAUCAGGAAUUAAUUGAUCAAAUAGCAAAGGAAAAUAUUUACUUAACGAUGGAGAUCCAAAAGCUUGAAAAGGAGUUACAAGAGGCCCCUGGAAGCUCUCAGAUUAAAGAGGAUAUUCCUGAAGCAAAGUUGAAAUUCACAUCUUUAGAGAAUCCUGAGGAUGACAGCAGGUUUUCAAAUAUCUCCUGUUCAUUUCAAGUGAGCUCACAAGUUCCUUAUGUGCUACAAAAAGGAGAAGCACUCAUCACCUUUGAAGAAGAAGAAGUUGCCCAAAAUGUGAUCAGAAUGGAGAAACAUCAUGUGCAGAUAAUGGAUAUAGGUGUGGAGGUUAUGGCCAAGCCAGUUCCAUUAAGUUCAGGAGUCAGAUUCCAGGUUUCUGUAGAAGUGUCUAAAAUGAAGGUCAAUGUUACUGAAAUUCCUGAUGAAUUGCCUGAAAGUCAGAUGAGAGACAAGCUAGAACUGAGCUUUUGUAAAUCCCGAAACGGAGGCGGAGAAGUGGAAUGCGUAGAGUAUGACAAGCAGGCCGGAAGUGCUGUCAUCACAUUUGUGGAAGCUGGAGUUGCUGACAGGAUUUUGCAAAAGAAAGACUAUCCGCUGUAUACAAACCAGGACUGCCACAAAGUUGUUGUUUCACCGUACAUGGAAACUCACUUGAAAAAGUUUCAGGUAUUUUCAGGAAUAUCUAAGAGGACAGUGCUUCUGACUGGAAUGGAAGAGCUCUGCCUGAUGGAUGAAGAAGAAGUAGGGGAUUACAUUAACAUUCACUUUCAGCGGGCGAAGAAUGGAGGUGGAGAAGUAGAUAUGGUCAAAUGUUCUCUCAAUGAACCUUGCAUAGCAUACUUUCAAGAAUAGACUUAUGGAAUCAUAUGACAAUUAGAGCUUCUGAGCCCAAAUCACUAUCAGUGUUUUACAAAAAUGAGUACCUUUCUCCUUAAAAAAAUGAAACUUUUAACUUUUAAUUCUUAGUGUCCAUAUAUUCUUAGAGACAAAUAUAUUUUUAUGGUUCUGAAUUCUUCUUUGUUUCCAACUGUGCUGCAUUUUUACAAAUGUGAGAGCUCACUGUAUUAAAAACACUUGUAUUCAUAACUUAUGUGGAUUGGUGCCAUGUAUGUCGAAAUCAAUUGUAAGUGAUACAAUUGUUUCCCUGCCACGUUGGCUGCUUAUAUCAUAGUCAUGUGGGCCAAUUCUGUUUUAUUUACUUUUUUUUGGUAAUUUAUCUUUAAUAUUGAAAGUAUUACAGAUGUCCCCUUCUCCCCCCAUUGACUCCUUCUAGCACCCCGCCCUCCUGCCCCAGGCCCUCACCACACGCCAAUUCUAUUUUGACCCCAGCUCCACCAAUAUGCAGACUUGACUGUUGACAUCUUCCAAAAGAAUUGUUAAAUUCAGCAGUUUGUGAUUUCUGUAGACUUGACUGAAUUUCCAAGGAACUUCAAGAGUGAUCAUUUCCUGUUUUCCUUAGUAUUUCCACAGCUCCAAAGGUAUUUCUCAGAGCCAAGUAUGGCUUUCUUCUUGAACUUUCCUUCACCCAGCGUGUCAAAUGCCCUCUAUUCCUUCCAAGACAUCCCCUCUCCAAACAGAACUUGUAAAGACUAGAAUUCUCUUUCUUUUAUUCUCCUGGUAAAAAAAAAAUAGGUUUAAGGGAUUGAAAACCUUGGAAUGAAGAGAAAGGUAAAUGCAGAGCUACUUAUCACCCAUGCUUGGUGCUGGGGAAUGCCUGAAGGGAAAAACACAGUACCUGUCCUUUAGGAGCUAAAACUUGAGCUGGAGAGAGACCCAGUUUAAUAGCAUCCCACUGUUUUAACUUGCAGAAACUUUAAGUGAUAAAAUUCAGGGUUCUUAUUCAGAGAAGGUAAAAUUACCUUAUGUUAAUAGAGUAUGUUUCAUAAAGCCAACAGCAGAAUUAAAUACAUAUUAAAAUGCUGGUAGAAAUGAAAUGGUUUUAGGAAAGAUUCUAAACCUAAAACUACCCAAUGCUGCUUGCCAUCUAAAAUAAAUGAAGGAAAGC